GCGCAGGCGUCUCAACGGUUUCCCGCAACCUCAGGGCCGGCGCGCAGACUGGUCUGGGUCGGAGGUGCGGCUCGGUGCGCUGGUCGCAUCGGAGGGGACCGAGACUUCGCCAAUCUUGGCCCGUCUUCCGCCCGUUCGGAAAGCGGCGCGUCUCCGGUCAGUUCGGCAGGGGAGUGUCCGGGCUGGCGGCGGGCGCUGAGGACGAUCCCCGUUUCCCUUCGGGUGGCGGACCCCGGCUGGCGGCGUCGUCGGGUGUAUCCUUCGCUUUGAUGAGAAAACUGCUCCAUUCUUCACCUGCUAUCCAUCUUUUAAAAGCCAAAUCAUAUGCUACCUCUUUUGUGAAGAUUUCCCUAAUGCUCAUAGAAGGAAAAUGGCAAUUGGGCAGGAACGUGUGAUUGCCCUGGUGGACAUGGAUUGCUUCUUUGUCCAAGUGGAACAGAAGCAGAAUCCACAUUUGAGAAACAAACCUUGUGCAGUGGUGCAGAGCAAGUCAUGGAAGGGUGGUGGAAUAGUCGCAGUCAGUUAUGAAGCUCGUGCAUUUGGAGUUGCUAGGGGCAUGUGGGCAGAGGAUGCUAAGAAGCUUUGUCCAGAUCUUCUGCUGGCACAAGUUCGUGAGACCCGAGGGAAAGCUGACCUCACCAAGUACCGGGAGGCCAGUGUGGAAGUGAUGAAGGUGAUGUCUCGUUUUGCUGUGAUUGAGCGUUCCAGCAUCGAUGAGGCCUACAUAGAUCUAACUAGUGACGUACAAGAGAGACUGAACAAGCUGCAAGCUCAGCCUAUCACAGCAAACUCGUUGGCAAGCACCUACAUCCAGGGGUUUCCCCAUGGCACUAGGGCCCUGGAGGGGCCUGUUCAAAAAGAUAAAAUCCGAGAGCAAGGAGUAAUCCAGUGGCUUGAGUCUCUUCCCUUCCAUGACUCCAGCUCUCCAGACCUGCAGCUCACUGUGGGAGCAGUAAUUGUGGAGGAAAUGAGAGUGGCUAUAGAGAGGCACACAGGUUUUCGGUGCUCCGCUGGGAUUUCACACAACAAGGUCCUAGCAAAACUGGCCUGUGGAUUAAACAAACCCAACCGCCAGACUCUGCUGUCACAUGGAUCUGUCCCACAACUCUUCAGUCAUCUGCCUAUUGGUAAAAUCCGUAAUCUUGGAGGAAAGCUGGGAGCUUCUGUUAUUGGUACCCUAGGAGUGGAGUAUAUGGGUGAGCUAACCCAGUUCACUGAACUCCAGCUCCAGAGUCACUUUGGGGAAAAGAAUGGAUCCUGGCUGUAUGCCAUGUGCAGAGGGAUUGAACAUGAUCCAGUAAAACCCAGGCAAUUACCCAAGACCGUUGGCUGUAGUAAGAAUUUCCCAGGGAAAACAGCCCUGGCUACUCAGGAACAGGUGCAGUGGUGGCUACUACAGUUAGCCCAGGAGCUAGAGGAGAGACUGACCAAGGACCAAAAUGAUAAUGACAGAGUGGCCACACAGCUGGCAAUUAGCAUCCGGGUACAAGGAGACAAACGUCUUAGCAGCCUGCGCCGCUGCUGUGCCCUGGCCUGCUAUGAUGCCCACAGGAUGAGCAGUGAUGCAUUUGCUCUUAUCAGAAACUGUAAUACUGCAGAAAUCAAAGCUAAAUGGUCUCCUCCCCUCACCAUGCUCUUCCUUUGUGCCACCAAGUUCUCUCCUUCUGCUUCACCAUCUUGCAUUGACAUCACCAGCUUUAUGAGCAGUAACCCAUCUCCUCAGAAGUCCGAUGUUGCUGGUUCAAAUGCUAAAGCUCUGGAAAGUGGCCCAAAGGCGGUGGCUACUAAGAGAGCCACCAGUUCCCUGGAGUUGCUUUUCCAAAAAGCUACAGAGAAGCAGAAAGCCAAAGAGGCUUCCAUCUCACCUUCUGCUACCACUCAGGUCUCUGCAUCCAGUUCACCACUGAAAUCCUCUUUACAAUUUUGUUGCAACAAUACGACUGAAAUGGAGCCCUUCUUUAAACAAAAAAAUAUGGAGGCCCAAACACAUCCACACCUUCAUAAUGGCUUUUCUGCUCCUCUCCCGUCACAAAAUUCAUUGCCCAUGGCUAGAAACAUCACCAAGAACCAGUUUUCUCCAGAAGAGCCAGAUCACAAUAAAGUCCUAGAAGAACCUAAGCCUUCCACAGCUCCUUUAAGAGAAAUGGUUUUGGCCCACAGUGAGCCAAGUAGAUAUGAUCCUUCUCUGGACAAUGCUGACAAGGUAGCUACUAGUGUCCCACUUUUUCCAGAUGCUGAGGACCAGCUGUGCUGUGAGAAGUGUGGCUCUUUGAUAUUAGUGUGGGAAAUGCCUGAACACAUGGACUAUCAUUUUGCAGUGGAACUGCAGAGCUCAUUCUUGGGGCCCUGUUCUUCCAGGUCUCCUGUUGUCUCUGCUACCUCUUCUUCUCAGGCCAAGAGAAGUCCCAAGAGCACCUUGCCUUCAAGUGCCAAGCGCCUCAGACCUGAGGGCACCCGAACGUUGUUAUCAUUUUUUAAGCCAUUAACACGAUAAUUCUGGCUCAGGGCUUACUUGCCCAGGAUUUUAUCAUUUUUAUCUGAAAUCCUAGAAACAGAAAUGUGCAUGGCUUUUUAGGGGAAAUCCAUAAUAAACUUUUUUAGCACACACACACAAUUAUUUUUACAACCCUACAUGAUGAGUGAUGCUGGCAUUCCCUUGGAAGACACUGUUUUUCUAAUUGGAAACCCUAGUGCAAAGACUUGAAAUCUGAAGUUCCUGAUGCUUAUUACAGUGCUGCGUGCUUGAUAAAUACAGGGUGUUGAUAAAUACAGGCAUGCCUUGGAUAAAGUGGCCUCAACCUGUGUUUCAUAGUAAUGUUAUUACCAAACACCACAGUAAUGAAUUAAAUUUGUGAAACCUUA